AUGACCCUGCUGGCGGGUGACGGCUCCGGCUCCGACUACGACUACAGCGCCCUGAGCUGCGCCUCCGACGCCUCCCUGGACCCUCCCCCGCAGCAGGAGCAGGAGGCCCGCAAGGGAGCCUUCUACAAGAGGGCGCAGCCGGCCCCCCAGCAGGACCCGGCGUCACUGUCCGACGCCCGCAAGCUCCACGCCAUCAUCAACGUGGGCGGCAUGCGCUACCAGCUGCCCUGGACCACCCUGGAGGACUUCCCGCUGUCCCGCCUGGGCCAGCUGCACCUGUGCAGCAGCUUCGACGAGAUCAUGCGCGUCUGCGACGACUACGACGUGGCGCGCAACGAGUUCUUCUUCGACCGCAACCCCUGCGCCUUCCGCACCAUCCUGACCUUCCUGCGGGCGGGCAAGCUGCGCUCGCUCAGGGAGAUGUGCGCCCUCUCCUUCCGGGAGGAGAUGCUCUACUGGGGGGUGCCGGAGGAGAGCCUGGAGUGGUGCUGCCGCCGCCGCCUGCUGCACCGCAUGGAGGAGUUCGAGGCCAUGGAGCGAGCGGCGGAGGAGGACGAGCUCCUGCGGGAUGUGUCCGAGUCGGACAGCGGGGGGCGCCCCGCCGAGUCCCGCUUGAGUCGCUUCAUGUCCAAGCUGAGGGACAUGGUGGAGAGGCCGCACUCUGGACUCCCCGGGCAGAUCUUCGCUUGUUUGUCCGUCUUGUUUGUCACCAUCACUGCGGUCAACCUGUCCAUCAGCACCAUGCCCGCCAUGAGGCAGGAGGAGGAGGAGGGCACGUGUUCCAAGAUGUGCUACAACAUCUUCAUCGUGGAGACGGUGUGCGUGGCCUGGUUCUCCCUGGAGUUCUCCCUGCGCUUCAUCCAGGACCGCUCCAAGCUGACCUUCCUGCGCCAGCCCCUCAACCUCAUCGACGUGCUGGCCAUCCUGCCCUACUACAUCACGCUGCUGGUGGACACCACCUCCGAGGGCCGCGGCGCCGGCGGCAGCUACCUGGACAAGGUGGGCCUGGUGCUGCGCGUGCUGCGGGCGCUGCGCAUCCUCUACGUGAUGCGGCUGGCCCGCCACUCGCUGGGCCUGCAGACGCUGGGGCUGACGGCCCGCCGCUGCACGCGCGAGUUCGGCCUGCUGCUCCUCUUCCUGUGCGUGGCCAUCGCCCUCUACUCGCCGCUGGUCUACCUGAUCGAGAGCGAGAUGGGCGCGGCGCCGGAGUUCACCAGCAUCCCCGCCACCUACUGGUGGGCCGUCAUCACCAUGACGACGGUGGGCUACGGCGACAUGGUGCCGCGCAGCAUCCCGGGCCAGGUGGUGGCCCUGAGCAGCAUCCUGAGCGGCAUCCUCCUCAUGGCCUUCCCCGUCACCUCCAUCUUCCACACCUUCUCGCGCUCCUACGUGGAGCUCAAGCAGGAGCAGCAGAGGCUCCUGCAGAGGAGGACGCACUUCCUGCUCAGGGGCCACCUGGGGAGCAACCUCUCCCUGGAGAGCGACAUGCUCUUCCCCAUGGCCACGUCCGACGCCCGGGACGCCUGA